AUCGAUCAAUUGGACCAAGUUCGGGGCUACCUCGCAAAGGAACAGGAGUAUAUUUCGCCCCCCAGGCAAGGGCGCGGCUCUGUCACCCACGUGGGCAAGGUCGGCCUUCUGGCCAGACGGCGCUCUCCGCCGCCACUGCUGCAAGCAUCGCUGGCCGCUGCUGCUGGCAUCCGUCGGCCGCGCCGCGGGGGGCAAAAGGCCGAGAAGACCCAACCCACUCUCGGAGGAGGCGCUCGACGCCGGCGGAUGUCCACGCUUGAGAGAUGAGGACGAGGAAGGAGGGAGGACGAGGAGAAGGGGGACACCAGGAGGUGCCGAUGCCGCCACGCCCCCAGCGCCCAGGACCUCUCUUCGGGUGCGCUCUGGCCAGGCUUCCGAGGCGAAUAUCCCGCGGCGGCGACGAGGUGCUCCCGGGAGGCCCAAGCAGAAGGCAACGGGCGAAGGGCAUAGCGGCAGGGGGCGGGGGAGGAGAGCGGAGGGAGGCAGCGCUGCCCCCCCCGUGCAUGGGGCGGCACGUCGCGGGGGCGGGCACGACGCCACGACUGGGAGAGCUCCCCCCCAGCGGGAGGCGCGGCGCCCACAUGUCGGGGCUGCGGGGGGCGCACCGCGCGGGCGGCGGUCCCCGCCUCCCGGCACGUUGGCGGGAGCGCGCGGGCGCUCCGGGGCGGCCCGAGCCUCGCUGCAGACGCGGGGCAGGGACCGACCGUCCCAGCGUUCCUAUGCAGUCAAAAACCCUAAUAAGGACGCGCCUCAAGGACGCAAGACCCUUGGAAGCCGAAGCGAGCCAGGACGAUUCGCCACUGCUAGAAGACGGGCACUCAUGGGACUACUGGUAUGUUGGGGUGACGCCGAACUCACGUGAACCAGCGGUUGAGCUCCUGCAGCUUUGUCCUCAUGGUCUCCUCGACCUCCGACGACACCUCCGAGAGUCUCCGGUUGACAUCGGCCAUGGAGAUCGAGAACGGCGUGACGAUUUCCUUCUCGUUGUCGAUGUGCCUCAGGUACAUGUCCUCCACGUUCUCGAGGUCGACCUCGGCCUUCCAGAGCAGCUGGUCGAUGUGCUUGCACGCCGCGGCCUCCUUCUUCUUCUGCUUCGCCGCGGCGCCCUGGUCGCUGCUGCUGGCGGCGGCGGGCCCCUCGUUCCGCCUGCUGUUCAGAGCGAGGAGCUCGUUGCGGGCCUGCUGCAGGACCUGGGUGGUCUGCUCGACCAGCUCGUGCAUGCGCCGGAUCUCCAUGUCCUCGUCCUGCGCGUCCUCGUCCUGCACGAACACGCUGGAGUAGGCGGGCCCCUGGCCCAUGAGAAGCGACAGGUCCACCUCCAUCUCGGCCUGCGCGUGCACAUCCAGGCGCGCGACCUGCUGGCUCAUGGUCUUCAGCCGCUCCCGCAGGCGCUCCAUCUUGGUGUCGAGCUGCUGCGGCGUGUGCGCGACGAUCUCGAUGCAGUCGUCCAGGCCCACGUGCCCCUUCUCCUUCACCUCAGGCAACUUGGUGAGCUUGAUGCCGACGUUGCUCUUCUCCAGGGCCUUCUUGAACCGCUUGGAGUGCCCGAGGAGCUGCUCCUUGCUGAUCUGUUUGUUCUUGAAGUGAUAGAAGAUUGCCUUUAAUCCAGUGACCCAGUGGUCGAACUCGAACUCGUCCUUGCAAGUCAAGUCCAAGGUCUUCGAGCCGUUUGCGCCAUAGACAAGGGAGAACGAGAGGUGUUCCAGCAUUGGCAAGCGAUAGUGCAAGAAUACUGGGGUUGUCUGUCCCAAUCUGAUCUCAAUCACAUCCUCGAGUUGGAUGACGGAGUCCUCUUUUCGCUUACCUCUCGAAUACCAGAUCAAGCGCUUGCGGUCGUCGCUCAACUGAAACUGCCGGAGGUGGGGGAAGCCGUAGUGAGUGUGCUUCAGCAGGUUCGAUCCUCUCUUCAUCCGAUCGAUCGCCUUGACUGCCUCCACGUGGAGAAGGGGCUCGACCUGCACCUUCAAGCGGCGCCACCUGUCGCCCGUGAAUUUCUUCAGGUCGUCCCGUUCCUGCGCCGCCUCUAUGAUGUAGGUCUGCCCGUUCUGCAAGUCGCCGAAGUCCUCGUAGUCGAAGGUCUUCCCGUUCUCGGCGGGCUCGGCGGUGGACUCGUCGUCGCCUGUAAAGACCACCUCCCUCAGAACGAAGCCUCCGUCGAUGAUGGCGUCGCAGGCGCACAGAACGGCCUCCUUGAUGUCACCGGCCUUCAUGUCCGAGUACCACCCGACCACGUUCUUCUCUCCCUUGAAAUACACGAAGAUCUGCUUCUUCUCGGGCUCCAGGUCGAUGCCGUGAGUCGCGUCUAAGAUGAAGUCGUCCUCCUCGGCGGGCGCGUUGCUCCCCGUGGCGCCACCGCCGAUGUCCAGCAAGUCCCCGCACGGCCCACUGCCGCUGGCCGGCGCCGCCGCCGCCUUGGGCCGCUCCGGCGCCAGCGGGUCUGGGUCGAAGUCGUCCCCGACGGCUGCUCUGCUGGCCGCCGCCUCGGGCUGCGCCUGCUUGGGAGCCGCGGGCUGCUCCUUCGCCCACGCCUGGGCCACGGGGUCGAACUCGUCGUUCGCCCCGAAGGAGAUCAGACUGUCGGCGCCCGCGCCCUUCUUGUCCAGCGCGUCCGCGAGGCCGCUGUACGGGUCCGGGGCCUCCAGGGCCUCGCCCGGCGCCGCCGCCGGGUCCAAGAGCCCGGCCUCGGUGCCUGAAGGGUCGACGAUCCAUUGUGCCCGUGUGCUU